AUGGCUUCUCGCAGCCUGCUCUCAUCGACAUGGCGCGCCGCCACCGCCGCGGCGCUCCGACCCACGGCAGCCAUCAGACACUCAUCGAGUAGCUCGACGUCGGCCAUUGCCUACAAGGCGCUCCGCCGCCGCCAAGCGCCGCUUCCGACAAGCGACUCGCCGCCCGCCUGGUCCUCUGCCCAGGCUGCCGUCUCAAACAUUCUCUACGAGACCCCGACGCCGUCCACGGCGCCUCCCAAGAGGCACAUCCUCAACUGCCUCGUCCAGAACGAGCCUGGUGUCUUGUCCCGCGUUUCCGGCAUUCUCGCUGCCCGUGGGUUCAACAUCGACUCGCUCGUCGUCUGCAGCACCGAGGUCGCAGAUCUGUCGCGCAUGACCAUUGUGCUCACGGGCCAGGACGGCGUCGUCGAGCAGGCCAGGCGGCAGCUGGAGGACCUAGUCCCCGUCUGGGCAGUGCUGGACUACACCAACUCACCGUUAGUCCAGAGGGAGCUCCUUCUGGCCAAGGUUAACAUCUUGGGGCAGGAGUACUUUGAGGAGCUGCUGGACCACCAUCGCGAGAUCACCAGCGCCGACGUCGACGUCUCGGCCGCCGGCGAGGGCGAGCAGACCUUGGAACAGGUGGCGGCUGACUUCCACCCGAGCAGGUUGGCCGCCAGCGAGGCUUUGCGCCACAAGCAUGAGCACUUGAAGAGCAUCACGUACUUUACGCACCAGUUUGGUGGAAAGGUUUUGGACAUUAGCACAAACAGUUGCAUUGUUGAGCUUUCUGCAAAACCCUCGAGAAUUGACUCGUUCCUCAAGUUGAUUGGCCCCUUCGGCAUUCUUGAGUCUGCGAGGACUGGUCUGAUGGCAUUGCCGCGGUCGCCCCUGUAUGGGCCUAACGAGGAGGAAACUCUCAUCAAGGACGCUGAUGAUAUUGUUGACGCGAGCCAAUUGCCCCCUGGUUAA